GAACUUGUCAAUAAAAUGUAGAUUGUCGGAAUGUAUCUUUUGCAUAAAGAAAUUUCGCCCCUCCAAAUUUUUUCUGGUUCCGUCCCUGCGAACGCUCAAUUCAGCUAUAAAUACAUGAGUAAUAUUGCUCUACAAUAUAUUCUAGAUAUUCACCUCAUACACGCACAGUAAGAAAGAAAGAGGUCAUAGCAAUUGAUAGAAAGAAUGGAAGCAUCAAAAGUAGAAAAAAUAGGGAGGUCUCUCCAGGUACCUUCAGUACAAGAACUGGCCAAGGAUGAAUCUGCCACAGUUCCAUCACAAUACAUUCAUUCUGAUCAAGAUCCUGUAAUUCUCAGUUCGACAGAUCUACCUGAAGUCCCUGUGAUUGAUAUGGAGAUCUUACUUCAUGGAGAUUUAAUGGACGCUGAGCUCAAUAAAUUUCACCAAUCAUGCAAAGAGUGGGGAUUCUUUCAGUUAAUAAACCAUGGUGUUAGCGAUUCAUUACUGGAGAAGGUGAAAACAGAGGUCGUGGAGUUCUUUAACCUGCCACUUGAAGAGAAGAGAAAGUUUGGUCAACUGGAUGGAGAUAUAGAGGGAUAUGGACAAUUCGUUGUCUCGGAGGAGCAAAAGCUUGAUUGGGCUGAUAUGAUCUACAUGAUCACCCUUCCUACUGAUCUCAGGAAACCGCACUUAUUGCCACAACUACCUCAAAUAUGCAAAAAUGCUAUAGAGGAUUACGCGGUGGAAUUGAAAAGCCUAGCCAUGAAUAUUCUCAAUCUAAUGGCCAAAGCUCUUCAAAUGAAUCCUGAGGAAAUGGAAGUGCUCUUUGAAGAAGGCAUGCAAUCAAUGAGGAUGAACUACUAUCCUCCAUGCCCUCAACCGGAACAGGUUAUAGGGCUCACGCCCCACAGCGAUGCUACUGGCUUUACUAUACUUUUUCAACUGAAUGAAAUUGACGGCCUACAGAUUAGCAAGGACGGUACUUGGAUUCCAAUAAAACCAUUGCCUUCUGCCUUUGUUAUAAACAUCGGAGAUGUUCUGGAGGUUGUAACUAAUGGAACUUAUCGGAGCAUUGAGCAUAGAGGAGUUGUCAGCUCAGUGAAGGAGAGAAUGUCGAUUGCUACAUUUUUAAGCCCCAAGGUAGAUGCAGAAUUCGGUCCUGCACCAAGCCUUCUCUCGUCCCAAGCUCCUCCAAAGUUUAAAAGGAUUGCCGCUGCAGAUUUCUUUAAAGGAUAUUUUGCCCAGAAGCUUGCUGGGAGAUGUUAUCUAGACACUCUACGAAUAUAAACCUAAUAUAUUCGGCUUUAUGCACCUGAGCUUCUUCAGCAGAGGCGGACGCACGUUCAGGGUCAUGGGGUCACGUGCCCCCAUAUAAUAUUGAGUAUCCCACAAGUAUAUAUAUUUUUGAAAAAUUAAGGAUCAUUUAAUUUAUCUAAUAAGUAAUUUAUAAGUCAAAAAUAUCUCACUAAAACAAAUAAAAGGAAGUUUUAAACAAAUAAUUUAAAUUAAGAUGAAUUUUUGGCUCUAACAAAAAUUUAUGUUCUUUUAUAAUAUCAUUAUUUAUAUGGUGCCCCGUCUUUAUAAUUGUUCUAGAUCCGCCACUGUUCUUCAGUGAAUAAACCUGCAACUUCCUACGUAUCGCUAACAAAGAAUCUGCUGCAAUUUCCACAAUGUAAACAGACUUAUUGUCUAUGCAACAGAUUGUAAUGAACUUUUCAUUGCAAUUUCCCUUGUUUCACUCGAGCUUCACGCAACAUUAACAAAUGUAGUCAAAAGUAGAUAUCUAGUAAUCUGCAUAGUUUAGUAAAUGAUGAGCUUAGAGCUAAACAAUAAUUUAUCAGCAAUGAUAGAAUGAAUUAGAAACUCCAUGUAUUUCUUAAAUUAUGCAUAUAAUUUACUUCCGAAUACGAGAACAGUGAAAACAGGAAGCAGUAAGCACACAGGAACUUUGUUUUA